AUGUACGCCCCAUCUAAGCAACCGGAGCACAAGCUCACCAUGAUCCCGGGUCCAAUUGAGUUUUCCGAUCUGGUACUUCAGGCCAUGUCUACUCCGUCUCAGGCCCAUACUUCACCUGAGUUUGUGAAAACAUUCCAAGAGGUGUUGCAAAACUUGCGGAAAUUGUUCAAAUCGGCAGACCCACAUGCGCAGCCAUACGUCAUUGCCGGUUCGGGCACUUUGGGCUGGGACUUUGUUGGUGCCAACUUGGUCAACCCUGGAGACAGCGUGCUUGUUUUGCUGACGGGUUUCUUUUCCGACUCUUUUGCCGAAUGCUUGCGUGUUUAUGGCGCAGAUGUCGACGUCAUCACGGCGCCAGUGGGUGAUGUUGUUCCUUUUGACCAGAUUGAGAAGCAGUUGGCAAAGAAGAAGUAUACUGCAGUGACAAUCACUCAAGUGGACACUUCGACCGCAGUGGUGUCUGAUGUUGCCAAAAUCUCCGAGAUUGUGCGCUUGCUGAAUCCAGAAACUUUGCUUAUUGUGGACGGCGUCUGCUCCGUGGCCGUAGAAGACUUGGAAUUCGACAAGUGGCACGUGGACUUUGCAUUGACGGCGUCUCAGAAAGCCAUUGGCGUGCCAGCAGGCUUAUCCAUUAUGUUUGCGUCUUCUCGUGCCGUCGCCAAGGCUGAGGCUCGUGAGAAAGACUCGACUUUUUUUGCGUCCAUGAAAAGAUGGACUCCUAUCAUGCGUGCGUACGAGUCUGGAAGUGGCGCUUACUUUGCCACGCCUGCAGUGCAAACGAUCACAGCCUUGAAGGUGUCAUUAAGCGAGAUCUUGGCAGAGCCUUUGGAGAAGCGUUUUGCCAAGCACGCCGAAACUGCGGCCAAGUUCAGAAAGGAAUUGGCUGACGCCGGCAUCAAAAUCGUCCCCGUGUCAGAGAACGUUGCAGCCCAUGGGCUUACCGCAGCUUACUUUCCUGAAGGAGUUGAAGGGCCUAAACUUUUGUCGACUUUGGCUUCCAAAGGCUUCACUGUAGCCGGUGGAAUCCACAAAGCACUCGUCGGUAAGUACUUCCGGGUUGGCCACAUGGGAUACUCGGUGUACCAGGGACACGUGGAUGCGGUAAGCAAGGCUAUCGUCUCUUCUGUGGAAGAGCUCAAAAAGUAG